GCGAAAAGCUUUCAUUCGAUUCAUUAAUAUUCCUAUUCCUGACGUCAUGUCGCCUUCUGCCUGGAGCAGCCUUGUGGCCCGUCGGUAGCAUGGAUAUGGACAAUUUCCUCAAGUUUUUCACGUGCCAGGUGUGCCAAGAGAUAUACUCGGACGAACGCAAGCCGUACGUCGCCCCCUGCGGUCACUCCAUCUGCCUCGGCUGCUGUGCAAGCCUCACGGACAACAAGUGAGUGACCAACAUGAAUGGCCUGGGUAUACCGCCACUCUCACUCGUCAUUGUACAGGUGCCCGACGUGCCGCGUGGCCCUCCCAUCCGCGAGAGAGCGCAACUUCAGUGUGGAUCUGCUGAAUGCGGCGCUGAGUGUUGAAGGCGUCACGGAGAGGGAGCGGGAGAAGAUCGCCGAGAGGGUGCUGGCCAAGUUCAGGCAGGAGAGCACCGUCAUCGCGCUGUUCGUCAAGAACCUCAAAGGUGCGGCGGUUGAGAGGGCGGCGUGGCGCCUCAGGUGGCCCUGUUCCACGUGUGUCUGUGUGUUCAGGUGCAACGAUGUGCUUUGACAUCCGUCCGUCGGCCACUGUGAGGAAGCUCAAGGAGAUGGUGAAGGGCCGAGAGGGCAUCGAGAUUGCCCACCAGCGGCUGAUCUAUGCGGGCAAGCAGCUGGACGACAAUGACAAGACGCUCAGGGACUACGGCAUCCAGAAGAACGACACCGUGCACCUCGUCCUCCGGCUGAGAGGAGGCUAAGCGG